GGGAGAGGGGCGCAGCGACCCCCGAUCGCCCAGUCGGCGCCGAGAGGGGCCUGAGAGCCCUCUCUCGCCGAGGGGGGUGCGGAUUGGCUAUCGGGGACCUGCCGCCGAUCUGGCGGCGGUGUAUUGCCGAUCCCGGGUCGAUGGUUCCCCCCUUGAGCCGGUCCCCCCCGUAACGUUCCCCGUCAGCAUCGCGACCACGGCGGCCCGCGCGCGCGUCGACGUGGGAGGCGCCACCGUGGUCAACGCAACGCUGAGGCUCGACAGGCCCCGGGUCUGGGACGUCGGGGAGGGCCAUCUGUAUACGCUGGCCGUGACGCUGCUGGCGACCGACGGAAGCCCCGUAGACAGCUACCGCGUGCGCUUCGGCGUGCGCGACGUGAGGGUCAGCGGCAACAGCUUCCUCCUCAACGGCAAGCCCGUUCACUUUAAGGGCUUCGGGAAGCACGAGGAUUUUGAUGUCAUCGGAAAGGGGCUGUGCCACCCGCUGAUCGUGAAGGACUACGACCUGAUGCAGUGGGUAGGGGCCAACUCGUUCCGCACGUCCCACUACCCGUACGCGGAGGAGUGGCUGGACUUCGCCGACGAGAGAGGCGUGCUGGUGAUCUCGGAGAACCCGUUUGUGGGCCUGGGGCCGCGGCUCUACAAGCAGAGCGUGCUGCAGAGGGCGCUGCCGGUCGUGGAGGCGCACGUGCGCCGAGACCGGAACCACCCCUGCGUGGUCAUGUGGUCGCUGGCGAACGAGCCGAACGGCCCCGGGCCUGUGCAGGGCGAGGAGGAGGAGAGGCCAGCCAGCCCGGAGGAGACGGAGGCGUGCAUGGUUUUCUUCCGCGCGUUGGUGGGCCUCACCAGGUCGCUGGACCCCGCCAGGCCGCUGACGUACGCCAUGCACCUGGACCCCGACAGCAACCCGAUGGCCGUCCUGUUCGACGUGCUCUGCGUCAACAAGUACUACGGGUGGUACGAGUGGACGGGGAGGAUCGAGGACAGCCUGGUCGACUUCGUGCUCGACGUGGAGAGCUUUCACAAGGCGUUCGGCAAGCCGGUCCUGCUGGCGGAGUUCGGGGCCGACGCCGUCGCGGGAGUGCACCAGCUGCCAGAGGUCAUGUUCAGCGAGGAGUUCCAGUCCAAGAUCGUGGAGCUCCAGUACACCAGGCUGCUCGACAGGCCGUGGUUCCUGGGCGCCCACGUCUGGAGCUUCGCGGACUUCCGGGUCAGCCAGAGCAUCACCCGCAUGGUCCACAACCGGAAGGGGGUGUUCACCCGGGCCCGGGAGCCGAAGCUGGUGGCCCACACGCUGCGGCGGCUGUGGAGGCCCGCGGGCCCCUCCGAGAACCGGAGGCCGGCCUUCUGCGGCGUCUCCGUGACGCAGCCCUUCCUGGACAGCUCCGGGACGUGCCACCCGGGCACGGUGAGGUGGACGGCGCCGGCCACGGAGCACGAGGCGGGGGCCGUGCUGACGGCGGGCGGCCAGUGGAGGAAGAGGAAGUCUGCCCUGUGGAGGACCAACUCGGGCCUGAGCAGGAUCCAGCAGCUGGCCGAGGUGGAGUCCCAGGGCCUGUGACCCGAGCGAGUGGCGCGAGGGUGCCACCGCGUCUGUGCUGGGCAAGAUCAGGUUUGUGUCGAGGCCUCGACCGCAGCGUGGUCGCUGCGUGGCAGGGUCCCAUCCCUCACCGAGUCUAAAGGAGGUGCACCCUGACGUGCCAUGCGCAGGAGCGGGCAUCAUCGCCCAGGAAAGGAA